GGUUGUCCAGGAACGUCGACGGACCUGUGUCGUAUGGGAAUGCACUCGGUGCACGAACGUACUCGCAUUGAUAUCGCGCGAGGGAGUUUUAUUCCAGGUGACGUCAGAUUAGAUUAGGCCGCUUGAGCACGGCGUUAUCUGUUCUCUCUCAAUCUCGGUGCCCCUCUCGACGGCCACCAGUGUAUUUUAUGUGACUAAAGUUUUGAUCGACUGCGGCCAUCGAUGGCUGGCCUCCUUAUAACGUGCGCAGUGAUUUUGGCCGCUGCCGCUGCGACCUCCGAAGUCAAUUUUACCAGCUUGACGGACGCUCCCGGAGUCUCGUUUGACACUGUAAACGAUGACAUUCGUCAUCAAGGAUUACAGCAACACUCUGCUUGGCCUCCAACGCUUAUAAUCGACCUGGUGGAAACUGAUGGUUUUAGUAAAACAAAUGGGACCUGUGAUGAUGGUGAAUACCUUCAUCCAGAGGAAGGAUGUACUAGUUGCAAGACAUACGAAAGUGAAUGCGAGGUGCACAGUGACUAUGAGGAGUGCUGCUCAGACAAAAGUUUAAAAUGCAGACCAUCGAAGCACGAUUACAGAAACUCGAAGUGUCGGUGCAAAGACGAUAACAUGCAGUGGGAACAGGGACAAUGCAUAUCUUUCACAAACAGGGUGGACUACAACUCGAAACUGCAAUUCAUGACCGCCGCUCAGGUUGCACUGGGCUGCGCCUUGAUCAUAGCAGUGGCGGCCCUGGCUGCGUUGACCUGCAAGAUGUGCGCUACUAAUAAUAGGCGGAGGAGAAUGGAGGAAGCGACCCGCUUUCACAGGGAUAGUGGCAACGCCAGCCUCAACAGUGUCCAACGCUUUGUACUGGGCAGAAUGCGUGACCGACCACCUAGGUAUGACGAUGUCCCGGACAAACCUCCAGAGUAUGGCCAAGAGCUGGAGUCUGAAGUUCCUCCUUUGCCACUUCCUAGGAUACCUGUGGCUGUGGGUCGAGUGCCUGGCCGACGAAUUCGAAUGAUUCGUCCUCCACCAACUCCUCCAGCUUAUAGUGAAAUCGACCAGAUCCCUUCAACCUCUACAGAAAAUACUCAUCCGCCUGCCAUCCCUGAAUACGAAGUGGUGACUGUAGACGAGACUCUAAGCCCGCAUCCUACACUUGAGUCAGAACUGCCCGAAGAGGUGAAGCCCAAUACUGAAAUUGAAAGUGUCAGUAUUGUGUUGCCCGAAGAUCCUGCAGAGGAUUCCGCGCCGCAGGAUAGAGGAGUGGACAACCCUGCUUUCACUCCCGAGUGCCAUAUGUGAUUUGAAGAGUUUUUUUUCUAAAAAUUAUUUUUCUUUGCCUAUAAUAUAUUUUUUCAUCAUUACGUUUUCCUAAUACAUUUAUAUGCCAUUUCUGUAAAUUAAUUAAUUUCAGUAUUAUGCACUCUUCAACCUCACUCUAGGAUAUAUGUUUUUAAAAUGAGAUGAGUCAGAAACAUAAUAUUAUUAAAAACUCUGAAAAAAUGAGGAAUUAGAAUUGGGGGAAAUGUUCGAUGCAACUACUAAAGCGAUGCCCACAACACAAAAUUUUAUACAAAUUUUAACUAGUCUCUGGUCCCUGAUAAUAGUGAUAAUUUUUAAACUGUUAUUUUGUGUUCAUUGUUUAAGUUUAAACAUAAAAUAUAUUAAAUGGCAACUAACCAUGUAUUAAAAAAAUACAUACUUAUUUUGAUUAAAGAUC